CCGCCAUAAUACCAAAGAAGAAGAAGCCCGUCGAAAUGGACGUCUUUGACAGUGUUGCCACAAUUUAUCUCGACUUCGUGAUUUUGCUGUAAUUUUGCAAAUCAGAGACGUCAGGAGUUCACUGGUCUAUCUAAUGCAAUAGCCAACCAAGGAGCAACCAGGAUAACUGAAGGAGUCUGGAUAUGAUCUGCAGUUGCAGAUGAACUUAUUGACCAAGUUCUCCUGGAAGCCUUUGACAACAUGGAGGAAAGUUGGGACAGCAUAGAGGAAGCAGGAGACUACAAAACAGAUGCAGCUAGACAUUUACCAAGCUGUUCAUGUCAGCAAAUCACUGAACACAAGGGAACAGAAGUGGGAGAAGAGAUCCUGACUGACGAGACAUAUAAGAGCAUGGCAGCAUUUAAGGUGAAGAAUGAUGAAGGCUCUGCUCCUUUUUCGGACAUCCACAGUCAUUCAAAGAUCAUGGCUCAAGAUCUUCAACGAAAGGCGGCAGAGAGGAGGGCAACAGAGGUCACCCACGAUAAGUGUCCUUCUUUCUCAGAAAGAUCAUGCCCUGUGGGCCUAACAAAUGUUCAGGAAAUAUGUAUUUUGUCUUCUGGAUUUGAUGUAAAAAAGAUCAGAGGGAGAGAUUCUGCUGCAGUGGAGGUUGGCACUAUAGUUUCUCCCCCCCCCUUUUCAAGCAGUCUGUCAAAAAACAUGAAGGGAAAUGUCACACUUUCACCCACAGAGAAGAUUGCUGUGACUCAAGGGCUAUCAGCCUCUUCUCUAAGUGACCACGCACGAUAUUCAAGAGAGGUAGUGAAUGAGAAGACCUAUGCUGAUGUUUCCCAUCAAACGUUACCACUUGCAGAUAUCAAGAAAGGAAAAGAGAAAAUGUCCUUUACCCUUUUGCCUGUGAUGGAAAAGCAACAAAAGCGAAAAGCUGGUCGGCCAUAUAAGAAGAAAACUCUAGUGAAAAUGGCUAAACUUUUAGCAAUUGGCCAAGAACGGUAUUCCGAUGCCACAGAAAUACACGGGGAUACUCUAACACCCUCACGCAAACAAACACAAGAGAAGAAAAAGGAUGAAAUGUUUCCCCCAACUACCUCAAGUGACACAUGGUUUGGAUGCAAUUCAACAUCUGAUUCUUCAAACCACCUUACUAUUGCACAUUCAGAUGACAUCAUUUCUGCAUCUCAAAUAGCUGGGCCAAGUAUUUCUGUGGAAUUGAACCAACCCUCCAGGAUACAGAAAACUUCAAAGACCACACAAAAAGAAGAAUUCAAAAUAACCGAAGUGUCGGCGCUGAAAUUGACCACUGUCACAAAGGGUCAAUAUUCUCCUAUAGAACAAGCUCUGACACACAACACCUUGGUGCCAUCUGAGAAUGCAUUGAAAGUACAAAAGAGAACUGGAAGAAAUAAAACGAUGAUAUCCAAAGGAGGAAAUAGAAGAACUCAGGCAUUCAAAAGAAACCGAAUGAAUCCGAGCAGCCUCUUCACCCCCCAGUCACAGAGUAGCAAUGCUACAUCCCAAGAAAAAAAUGAUUUGGGACUCUCUCAAGAUGAGACUCCACUGCAGUCAUCAGAUAUAAAAAUGGAGCCCAAAUACUUGUCAGACACUUCUGUCUUGGAUGUAACGAACAAUGUGAAGGAACACCAAAAAAGAGAACCUCCCUCCAAAAACUUUACAGAAGCGAGUAUUAAAAGUCCUGGUAUAAUGUCAAAAUGCUUUGACUUGUCUAUCACUCAAAAAAAUCAGGGGGCACGAAGUGACAUGAAGAGGGAAAUCAAAGAUAAUGUAACUGCUAACAUAUCAGCUGUAGGAAACCAGGGUGAAAUGACUCCAAGAACUCAAGAGCUCUCAAGACUAAAGAGUAUUGAGGAUGUGCUCAAAUUGAAGCGGAAAGCUGGUCGACCAUUCAAGAAAAAUAGGUUGUUUAAAAUGGAUAAGCUGGUAGCGAUAGCACAGGAAGGCAGAACUAAUGAUCCAGAGAAUAGUGGCAUGACUAAAGAGUGUGUUCCAAAAUUCCCUGCAUAUAACCCCCUAAAGUCAAAAGUGAAGAAGGAAAAGACUGACACAAAAACCUUGGCAUCAAAUUCACCUACAAGCCCCUCAAGAAGAUCCAACAGAACAUGUAAAACUACCCCAAAAACUGUUCAAAAGAUGCAAGUCCUCACACACACGCUCGCCCAAUCAGUUUUAUCAGUUCCAUCCAAUCUCAUUGAACUCAAAUCAGAGGACACAACUCUUAUCUCCGCAACGGUCUCUCCAAUUAUUUUAUGUAGUGCAGAGAUUUUCCCUCAACAGGAAAGCCACAGAUGUGGAAAACCCCCGAAGAAAAACACAAAAGUUAACAAACACAUGACCACUGCAGUCCCACAUCCUCCAAUAUUUGCAGUAGUUUCCAAGGCCCUUGCUGAGAUUGUCUCUACAGGGAAUGGUAAAGAAGCAAAUAAAGACAUUGGAUCCAAAAGAAAAUACAAACGGGUGCCUGGAACUCGUGGUGUAUCAGAAUUGCUGUGUACAAAUGGAAUUCCUCAGGGAGAUAUACAUACCCAAACUAAUAGGGACGAGGUGUAUUCCAAGACUUCAGCCCCAACUGUGCCACAUUCCCAGAACACACGGAAGCGUGAGGUUAAAAAUAAAAAAGGUACAGAAAAGGCAGCUGUCCCAUUAUCUGAUGAAACUGUCCUUCCUGUUUCAGAUUGCCAGGUGCAAAGUCACAGUGCAUCUCAGGAAACGCCUUUACCGCCAUCAAAGAUUAAGACACAAUCUGACACAUUAUACCUGACACCUAGAACGGUUAGGAAGAAAAAAAAUCCAAAGACGUGUAAGGAAAUAAAAAAAACUUCACCGAAAGUUGAGAAAGCACAGGUGCCAUCUCUGGAUCCUUCCCUUGGAGUGGAACAUAGAUGUCAUGAUGUGCCACAAGUGGAUCAUAUAAGACAAAUGGAAGCAGUGAUAGAGUCCGUGAUGGAGGAUCUCCACAAACCACUCAAACCUAGUGGACAACAAAAAAAGUUUAAAGAAGAGACCAGUAAUAUUUGUGCAUUGGAACAAACAGCAUUUCUCGCCUCGGAUAACCUGUUGGAACAGCGUAACCAUUGUACGUUACCUCAAUAUUAUUUUCUGACAAAAUCAGGCUUGAAACAUGCCAAACCCAAAAUGUCAACAAAAAUGAAGUCAAAAGCAUGCAGUAAAGGGAAACUAUUUAAAAAUGCUAAGAAGGCUGCUGUAAUAACUUCAGAUCCUUCUAUUGGAGCAGAAAAUGGAUGUCUUGAAAUGCCUUCCCACUUUACCCAAGCAGAGAAAGGAGAAAAGGGAGAUGUAAAAACCAAUAAAUGUGUAGGAAAGCAUGAAAAGGAAGCAGUGAUAUCAGUGACCGGUGAUCAUUUGGAAACAGCGGCCCACAAACCACAUCAACGUAAGGGGCCAAGAAAGAAGCUGAAAGAUGAGGACAGCAGUGUUUCCAAAGCAGAACAAGUAGAAUCUACUACUUCAGAUAGCCAGCUAAGACUGCAUGACCACAAUGAUUCACAACAAGUUUCUUUGCUAGUGUCGGCGGGAAAGACAGAAUCAGGAAUAAAGCAUAUCAUGCCAGAAAUGGAAAUGACAAAUAAGCCAAAAACAUGCAGGAAAAGGAAAAUACUGUCCAAACAAAGCUCAAAGAUCACUGAAACUCCAACCCCACCAAGUUCAAAACCAUCUCUUGGAGUGGAAUAUAGAUAUUCUGAAAUGGCUACCCCUUUCACACAUGUGGACCAGGGUCAGAAUAUUCUUGAUACUCCUAAAGGCUCCAAAGCGAGUAAUGGAAAUACUGGAUCAAACCAUCCAAUAUCCAAUGUCAGACAUUCCAGACGGCCCUCCAAAUCGAAUUCACAUAUCACAACUGACUUGAUGCAAGAUCAAGCAAUCUUAUCAGUUGCAUCACAUCCCACUAAUCAACCUACCAGUCCUGUAUCAACAACCGUGUCCUCAACUGCAGCACAAGGACAGGUUACUGAAUUAGUGAGUUCUCUUUGUACAGAUAAAAGGCCGCAUAAAAUAGGGAGGCCUCCGAAGAAUAAGAAGAAAAAGUCUCAGAGACCAAAAAGAACAGGUAUUGAUAAGAAUAUCACAGAUGACGACAAAGUGUGUGUUAAAUUCUUAUCAGCAUUUGUAAAAGAGGAACUAAUUGAGGAAGAGAAAAGUCUAGAAAAUAGGGGAAAAGAAAAGAACGGCAAAGGGAAGAAAGGCAAAAUUCUCCAAACAGACAAUGUGAAGGUGAAAGAUGGCAACGCAUUAGCAGAUGACAAAUUAGUUUUACAAGUCCCUAUAGAUGAUGCAGGGGACUCUAUAUCUAUUGCAAUAGACCCAAUCAGUGCCGUAAUUCCCAAACAUAAAAAAGGUGGCCGUAUUGCCACGGGUAAAAGAGUGCAAAAAAUUGCAUCCACUCCCAACAUCCCCGGUGACCAGCAAUGCAUGAAUAUGUCCCCAGAAGAAAUGUCUCUGUGUCUCAGCAAUAUAUCAGAAAAACACAGAAAACGAAAAGUUGACAGCAGCAGUGCUGAUUUUGUUAAUGCAGAUAUAAAUGUUCUAAAUCUAAAAGAUGAUCUUAGUGAUAGAUCUGAAAUACCGGACUCGUCCUUACUAGGGACUCAGAGGGUGAAGAACAAGGGUAAGAUCAAAUCCAAGACAAUUACAGAAGAACAGACAUUGGCCACAUCAGUGGUAAAAGAGAUGGUGUGGCUAGAUUUACAGACCACCAUAGCAGCACUGAAAAAGAAACGAGGUCGGCCAUUCAAGAAAAGUACCUUGAUGAGAAUGGCAAAACAGCAGUCAUGUGAACAGCAGAAGUCAAACACUAGCAGACAACUUUCCGUGAACAAGACACAGAGCUGCAAAUCAAUGGGAACUUCUAAGGGAGGGAAAAUGCACAAAUUCAACCCAAUGUCAACAACUUCAAGAAGGGACACUAGAGCAUCCGUGGCAAUGGAGAAUGAAGACCUUGUUCUUAAACAACAGCAAGACGACAUAUGGGAGAUCACCGAUGUGUCCAGCAACAUUUUCUUCCCAAUUGUGACUAAUUCCCGCAGUAUUUCAGUGCAAGAAAUCGAAACUUCGGAAACUAUUUUCUCUGUUGAUGCAGGGGCGACACAAGGAAUCCAGCAAGUUGAGUCUACCCCAUUAACAACCCCUCUCACAAAAUUACCUCAUAAAGUGACUGGCGUGAAGAAGAGACGCAGGAGAAAUAAAACUGGAUGGGCUACAAAAGUGAAAUCCAAACAACCUCUCUCCAAAGUGAACUGCGGGGGUACGCUUGAGGUGUUUGUUCAGUCUUCCAUUGACAACACUGGACUCUCAUUCAACUCUAGCCUCUGUAAUUCGUUAACAGAAAAUGACACAUUGGAAAGUGUUGAACAAGAGAAAGAAUGUAGAGCACAUGUGAAAGCAGUAACAAACUACAAUCGAGUUUGUGUGGAGAAGGAGAUCAACUGUGGCGAUCAGCCCCUAACAGCUCGUGCUAAAUUGCAGCAUUCAAGUGUACUCCUACACAAUUUUAAGACAAGGAAACCUAUGUCGUGCCAUUUCUGCAGUCGCUCAUUCCGUCACAUAACCGCAUACACAAUUCACAAGCGCAUUCACACAGGUGAGAAGCCUUACAGUUGCCAGAAGUGCGGCAAGAGCUUUGCUCAUCUCUCCAAACUCAAAUCACACUCAAACAUCCACAAACAACAUGGGCCCAUUCAAUGCCCAUGUUGCAUCACUCAGUCUCCAAAUAAAGAUGACUUGAUUGAUCAUUUCAAGAUCCACAUGAAGGGUACCAAGAGGUUCAGUUUGAUUAAUAAAACAAGAAGAGACAAAGAAAUCCAGAUUCACCCUUACACUGAUUACAUAGAGUCCCCAGUCACUCUUAACGGCAGGAAAUUCCUUAGAUGCUCCACUUGUUUUAAAUAUUUUUUCAGUAAGGCCACAUUGAAGCUGCACCUACAAACACACAGUGGAGUGAGGCGUUUCACCUGCAAAGUCUGUGGCAAGAUGUUUAGCACGUUCUCAAGUUUCAAUGCACAUGAAAAAACACACUGGCCUGUUAAACCGUAUGCCUGCUCUGUGUGUGGAAAAGGCUUUGUUCUGCUUAGGGAGCUCAAAACCCACUCUCAUAUGCACUCAGGAGAGAUGCCUUUCUUCUGUAACCACUGUGGUCAGGCCUUUAGCGACUUCUCAUCCUUGCGCACACAUCAAGUCUCCAAAGUGUGUUUUGAGGCUACAGACGAAGGGGAUGGAAACAAGGUUGACAUUGAGGGGUUCCUGGUGGAACAAAGGGCUGAUGGGCAGAUUAAUACCCCGAUGUACUUUAAAUGUCAGAUUUGCAAACAACUUAAUCGUCACUGGUGUCAGUACAUUCUUCAUCUGCAAACGCACACUAAUGACAAGCCAAACCUUUGUGAGAUCUGUGGACAACGGUAUGAGGUUCCUGAAUUAUGUGUUCAUUGUAAAGUGUGCUGCAAAUCAAGUGGAGAGGAGAGGGCAUGCAAUUCGUCCUUGUCAGAGGUCUGGCAUGAACCCCAAUCUCUGCAAAAUCCGAUGCAUGUGACUGAAAUUGAUUUUCUGUACAAUGAUAAUCAGGAAAUGUUAUCUACUGAUGACCAACAUCCUAAAUGCAAGGAGCCUGAGCCCCUGCCACCUCUGGAAACUAUGGAGGAGUAUUCCUCAGAUGUGCUUCUACAAAACCCCAAACCUGCUUACCAGAUCCCAGGUAAUGGGUUAGAGAUAAAUCGACCUUCUCCCUCAAACUCCAUGUGUGCAAGUUCUGCCAUAUUGUCCCCCUCUGUAAUGAGCUGUAAUUCAGUAUGUGUGGUUCAACAGCCUUCAGGUUUUCACUCUCGUUUGCAGACCCAUGCUCCUUGUGACAGAUAUCGUCGUGGACAAUGUGGAAAAUCCUUUAACCGGUGGAAUAAGCUCUGGUUGCAUCAGGGACGACACAGAGAAAAACGCUGUAGCUUCUCAUGCACUCAGUGCAAUUUAGAGUUUCGCUUCUUAGGCUCCUAUAGGGAGCACAUGCAGGAACAUGCAGCGCAGAGACCCUAUGUUUGUCCGUUAUGUCCCAAAACCUAUAUCACGAAAGAAGACUUAAAUACCCAUCUGUGUGAAAAUCACCAGCCGUGUGAAAGCCUGAAAUGUGACACGUGUGAAAAGGGUUUCACCAGUUUCAGAAAUUUGGAGAGACAUCGUCUGUUACACAGAGCUGCUAGCUCGCACUAUUGUCUCCCUUGCAAGCUCCCAUUUCCUAGUUACCUAGCCUUAAAGAAUCACUUGAAGGCUCACAAAGCCCGCCCUGUUAUCCCUCUCCCUGAAGGGCUAUUGGAACCACUUCGAUUUCCCUAUCACUGUAGAAAAUGUAAUGCCAGAUUUACAACCACAGACUUGCUCCAAGCCCAUCAGGUUUGCCAUCUUAUAGGGGGGAAGAAAACAUAUAGCAGUUCAGCAAAUGUAGUUUCUGCUUCCCUGACCUCCAAGCUCUCAAACAAACCAAGAGCGAGAGUCACCCCUCUAUCCCCUACGACAGUACCGAGUCUUCUUCUGUCAAAGAAAAGGAACAUGUAUAGGUAUCCUCACCCUGAUCGUCUCUAUGUCGUCCCUAAAAUAUCCUCACAGCCACCGGUCAUUGUUUCGGACACAGAAGAAGAGCCCCAAGAGAUUCUAAACUUUAGCUUAUCCUCAGUCCACGACUCGCCCUGUAACACUGUGUCCCUUGAACAUGAAGGGCCAACCAGCCCGAGCAAUAAUUGUUGUGAGGCAAACAACUCGGAUCUACCUCAGUGCUCAUGCCCCUCAUGUGUCCUUAUUUAUGAACCUACUCAAUGUAUGCCAAAAAUAGACACCCCACACAUGCCGACUCAUGAACCACCAUGUCCCUUGGAUAAAGGUCAUCAGAAUGUACCACCUCAAAGAUGGAAAAAGUCUAAGGGUAAUGAUGAUGCUUUCUUUAGAGCCUCAACAUUUGUGAUAUCAAGGGGCAAAAAACAGCGGAUUGGCUUUGAGUGUGCUGAUUGUUGGGUAAGAUUUAGUGACGUCUCAGAGCUACAUGAGCAUUACUUACAUCAUGCCAGGGGGGUGAAGUGAAAAUCAAUAUAUUUUUUUCCACUAAUGGACAUUUGCAUCGGAAAGUAUUCAGAACGAUUUACUUUUUCCAAAUUUUGUUACGUUACAGCCUUAUUCUAAAAUGUAUUUUUGCAAAUGUAUAAAAAAAAUAUAUGAAAUAUCACAUUUACAAGUAUUCAGACCUUUUACUCAGUACUUUGUUGAAGCACCUUUGGCAGUGGUUACAGCCUUGAGUCUUCUUGGGUAUGACACUACAAGCUUGGCACACCUGUAUUUGGGCAGUUUCUCCCAUUUUUCUUUGCAGAUCCUCUCAUACUCUGUCAGGUUGGAUGGGGAGCGUCGCUGCACAGCUAUUUUCAGGUCUCUCCAGAGAUGUUCUAUCGGGUUCAAGUCUUGGCUCUGGCUGGGUCACUCAAGUAUAUUCAGAGACUUGUCCCAAAGCCACUCCUGUGUUGUCUUGGCUGUGUGCUUAGCGCUGUCCUGUUGGGGUGAAGGUUCUUCCAAUAUAAGGUCCUGAGCGUUCUGGAUCAGGUUUUCAUCAAGGAUCUCUCUGUACUUUGCUCCAAUCAUCUUUCCCUUGAUCCUGACUAGUCCCUUCCACUGAAAAACAUCCCCACAGCAUGACGCUGCCACCGCCAUGCUUCACCAUAUGGAUGGUGCAAGAUUUCCUCCAGAUGUGUUUCUUGUCAUUCAGGCCAAAGAGUUCAAUCAUGGUUUCAUCAGACAAGAGAAGCUUGAUUCUCAUGGUCUGAGUCCUUUAGGUGCCUUUUGGCAAACUCCAAAUGGUCUGUCAUGUGCCUUUUACUGAGGAGUGGCUUCCGUCUGGCCACUCUAACAUAAAGGCCUGAUUGGUGGAGUGCUGCAGAAAUGUUUGUUCUUCUGGAAGGUUCUCCCAUCUCCACAGAGGAACUCUUGAGCUCUGUCAGAGUGACCAUCGGGUUCUUGGUCACCUCCCUAACCAAGGCCCUUCUCCCCUGAUUGCUCAGCUCUAGGAAGAGUCUUGGUGGUUCCAAACUUCUUCCAUUUAAGAUUGAUGGAGGCCACUGUGUUCUUCGGGAACUUCAAUGCUGCAGACAUUUUUUGGUGUCCUUUCAUAGAUCUGUGCCUUGACACAAUCCUGUCUCGGAGCUCUACGAACAAUUUCUUUGACCUCGUGGCUUGGUUUUCCCGCGGACAAGCAUUGUCAACUGUGGGACCUAAUAUAGACAGGUGUGUGCCUUUCCAAAUCAUGUCCAAUCAAUUGAAUUUACUACAGGUGGACUCCAAGUUGUAGAAAGAUCUCAAAGAUGAGCAAUUGAAACAGAAUGCACCUGAGCUCAAUUUUGAGUCUCAUAGCAAAGGGUCUGAAUACUUAUGAAAAUAUUGCUGUUUUUUUAUUACAUUUGCAAACAUUUCUAAAAACCUGUUUCGCUUUGUCAUUAUGGGGUAUUGUGUGUACAUUGAUGAGGAAAAUGUUUUGUUUAAUCCAUUUUAAAAUAAAUGUGGAAAAAGUCAAGGACUGAAUACUUUCCGAAUGGACUGUAUAUCAUUGUUUUUGAUGAGUACUAAAUAAGUUUCCGAGUUCACCAUGGUUGUCUUCAUAGCUAUAGCAAUGGUUAAAUUAAUAAUUCACUCCAAACCACUAUUUCCUAUGAUUUUCAUUAUUAAAUAACGCCAAUAUGUAUUUUCGUCGUUAUGUUAAGGUAGGAAGCAACUUGAAAAUUGUUGCGGAAAUACUUUGGAGCUUAAGUCAACUACACUUCUCUCCAGACAGGAGGGCUGGCUAGCUUGCUAGAAAAUAUAGCUAUACACAAUAUUACUAAAGUCAAUAUCAGCAUGUGAAGUAGCUAGUUAGCUGUAAAAUCUCAAACACUGCACUAUCAAUUUUAGAAUUACAAUCUCACCAUGUUCAACCUGGUAGAGAUUUUGUCUUGCUCAAAACAGUGAGUGAGGUUGUGAAUGCUACACAAUGGACCUGUGCUGCUGAGAUCCAGUGGUACGUAGUUGGAGGAAAGGAUAUUGAUCUGAAGGUGCACUGUGUACUUGAGCGCAAGUCUAAGAAGUGGUAGAUAUCCUAGUGUUUACCUGUGGCGGCAGGUAGCCUAAUUUGUUAGUGUUGGGCCAGUAACUGAAAGGUUGCUGGAUCAAAUCCCUGAGCCGACAAGAAAAAUAUGUGUUGUUCUGCCCCUGAACAAGGCGGUUAACCCACUGUUCCCCGGUAGGCCGUCAUUGUAAAUAAGAAUUUGUUCUUAACUGACUUGACUAGUUAAAUAAAGUAAAAAAUAAAUAAAGGUAUGUUCUAUGUGUUGAAUUUCUACUACUUCACAUUCUUAAUUUUUGUUUUUGGUCUUUUACUUUACUUUUUUUUUUUACACCAGCUUCAAACAGCUGAAAAUACAAUACCUUUUUUGUUACUAAAAAGCAGUUUGGAUUGUACAAUCAUUUUCUACACUUUGCUUGUUUUGUCACAAACUUCAAUUAUGCGAAAUCUAAAACAAAUUUCAAUCAGGAAAUAGCAAAGCAAUUUCUGCAUAUUGGAUAUUUUUUAAAGGCGUUAUGAAAUAUGAUAGUCUUUUUGGAAAUAGGGAUUAACAAACCAUCACCAAAUUGACAGGAGUUUCACUCCUGGAGUGGAUUAUCCAUUUAACGUUGAUAUUAACCUUAAGUUUAUUUUUAUUUAUUAUCUAUUCAUAUUUACACUGAUUGUACAAAACAUUAAGAACACCUUCCUAAUAUUGAAUUGCCCCCCCCCACCCCCUCUACCUGUGAAAAACACCCAGCCGCUCCUUGCACCUACUACCAUACCCUGUUCAAUAACCUGUUCAAAGGCACUUCAAUCUUUUGUGUUGCCCAUAUUCACCGUCUGAACGGCACACGUACACAAUCCAUGUCUCAAUUGUAUCGAGGCACUACAUUCCUUCUUUAACCUGUCUCUUCCCCUUCAUCUACACUGACUGAAAUGGUUUUAACAAGUGACAUCAAUAAGGGAUACAACUGGUCAGUCUGUCAUGGAAAGAGCAGGUGUUCUUAAUGUUUUGUACACUACUGCAAGAAUGUGCCUUUUGAAUAGAUUACAAACUUGUCAUACGUUAGUUAAACAGUUAUUCAUAUCCAGUGGUGGAAAUAGUACCCAAUUGUCAUACUUGAGUAAAAUGGUAGAUACCUUAAUAGAAAGUUACUCAAGUGCAAGUCACCUAGGAAAAUAAUAAGUAUUUGGUUUUAAAUAUACUUAAGUAUCAAAAGUAAAAGUGUACAUAAUUUCAAAUUCCUUAUAUUAAGCAAAGCAGACUGUACCAUUUUCUUGUUUUAAAAAUGUAGGAUAGAGGCAGAGGGAUGACCACGUGUUCUCUUGAUAAGUGUGUGAAUUGGACCAUUUUCCUGUCCUGCUAAGCAUUCAAAAUGUGAUUAGUACUUUUGGGUGUCAGGGUAAAAGUAAGUAAAAGUUGUCAAAAAUAUAAAUUGUAAAGUACAGACCACAUAAAAAUACUUUUAAAGUACUACUUAAGUACUUUACACCGCUGUUCAAAUCUGUCCAAACCUGGCAAAGUUUUCUUUGUUCUAUUUUUGUAAGAGCUUUAUGUACACAGACACCAUGAGUGUCUCUCUUUUUAUUAUGUUUAACAUGGGAUAUAUUGCACAUUUGAUAAUGCACACUAAUUGUAUCCUUUGGGGAAACGGAUAGAUCUGCUUUCCAAACAGUCAAUAGUUUGGUAAUGGUGAUUACUUAAACAUCUUUGAUUUCUGGAAGGUGGUUUGGCACGUUAUAGAAAGUCGGUCAUUUUUAAAUGUCAACGAUUUCAUUGGACAUUCAGUAAGCAUUACUCAUUGAAUAUUUAGGCACUGUGUGCACGUACAACAUGAGUAUGAAAAUGUUUGAAAUGUAAUUGUAACAAAGAUGUGAUGACAAAUAUUAGUUAUUGAUUCUGUGCUGGUAAGUUUUCAUUCUUUUAGAUGUCACUGUCUCAUUAUCAAUGCAAAAUGUGUUUUGCUUUUUACUUUUGAUUUACAGUAGUCUGACAAUAAAAGUUGACAUUACAUCA